AAAGGAGGAGCUAAAGUGAGUGUGAAGAUGCUAAAGUCUAAAGACAUGAAAAAUGAAAACAAAACCAAAAAUAAAAGCAGUGAAGUGAGAGAGUGAGAGAGAGAGAGAGAGAAAGAGAAUCAUGGCAGUUUCAGUAACCAUUUUAGUCCUCAUCAUCGCUCUGCAUCUCAUAGCCUUCGUCUUCGCCGUCGGUGCCGAACGACGUCGUAGCCAGGCCAAGGUGGUCCCUGACGAGUACGACGACCGAACUUUCUGCGUUUACACCACCGACGCCUCCACCGUCUACGGCCUCGCCGCCCUCGCCCUCCUGCUCCUCAGCCACGCCGUUCUUAACGCCGUCACCCGAUGCCUUUGCUGCGGCAAAGGCCUCGUCUCUGGUGGCUCCGCCACCUGCGCCGUCGUCUCCUUCAUCCUCUCAUGGGUUAGUUUUUUGGGGGCAGAGGCGUGCUUGUUAGCAGGGUCGGCGAGGAAUGCAUACCACACAAAGUACAGAGGGUACUUCGGGGCGAAGGAUUUGUCUUGUGCUACCCUACGCAAAGGUGUGUUUGCUGCUGGAGCUGCCUUAACAUUGUUGUCUAUGUUGGCCUCCAUUUUGUACUAUUGGGCACACUCCAAGGCUGACACUGGUUUCUGGGAGAAGCACCACAACGAAGGCCUUGGAUUGGCCACGCAGCACCACCACCACCACCACCAAGGUGCUGACUCUGAUAAUAAGGCCUGAUCAUGAUUUCUUGCUUUGAACGGAUUCGACAAUUUUACUCAAUUUUGGUGGUCCUUCUUUUGCUCUUGGAUAAUGGAUGUUCAUGCUCAGGGAGGGGCAAUGUUUUCAAAACCUUGUUCGUAUAUUAAUGGGUCAAGAUAUAGUGUUUAUGCUGUAACAGGAGAAUGCUUCAAAUAUAUAGAUAAGUAGUAUGGUGGUGGUUUAAUAUUAUUCCCAUCUCUAGUUUGAAAGUUUUGAAACUAGCUGAUUAUUGAACUUUUGGCCUCCUACAGCUACUUGCUUCUUUAGUGUCUCACUUGCAUAGCUAUAUAGCAUCUCCAAUGAUUUUCUUGAAGUAAAGGUCCUUAUUUUUAGUGCU